AUGGACAGUUCUAGUUUGAUGCUACAAGAGAAUGAAAUAUUAGCUUUGGAGGCUAUUUACCCACAAGAUUUCACUUAUACAGAGACACAGAACUCGAUUCCUCAGUACAUUGGCUCUUUCUCCGUAAGAGUCACUUUACCGAACGAAAUACGUGUGUGCUUUUCAAGCCAUGCUAUUAAUGGCGACAGCAACAUUAACCUCAUUAGUACUAACGAGGAAAUACUAAAAAUCCGAUAUCUCCCUCCGAUAAUUAUUGAUUUUUCAAUGCCGGCUUUAUAUCCCGAGCGAGAAGGAUUAGAUUUUACUGUGAAGUGUUGUUGGUUGAGUGAUAACUAUAGGCUAAGUUUAAAAAAUAAGUUGCAAGAGAUCUGGGAAGAGGAACGGGAUGUUGUAUUAUACCGAUAUGCAGAAUUUAUCCAAGAGAACGCGUUGGAAUUCUUGGGAAUUACUUUUCCCCUGAAAUUAGUAGAUGGCACAACUAGACUCAAGGACAUUAUCUGGUCAUAUAAUCGUGAUGCUAUGAACAAGGAAUUCGCAGAGAAUCAUUUCGACUGUGGGAUAUGUCUCGAGAAUAAGCCCGGUUCGCGUUGUAUCCAAUUGCAACCCUGUCAACACGUGUUUUGUCAAGAAUGUCUUUGUGGAUAUUUCGAGAUGCUUAUACGCGAAGGGUUUGUCUCACAAGUCAAAUGUCCAGAUAUUGGUUGUAAAGUGCAAACUGUAUUGACAAAAGAAGUUUUAGAUGAAAUUGUUGGUACGGAAAUGCAAGAACGUUAUGCGCGCUUAAUGGAGAAAAUUGAAAUCGAAACAAAUCCUCUGAUAACAUAUUGUCCUUUGAAAACAUGUCAAACACCGGUUAAAAAAAGUUCUGAUUUUGAGAAAUUGUGUCUGUGCGAAAAAUGUGGAUUCGCAUUUUGUUGGAUGUGUAAGAGAACUUGGCAUGGGCCUCAUAUAGCAUGCGCCAUUAAAAAUGUGAAGCAUGUUGUUAAAGAAUAUUUAGCUGCUGAUGAUGUCAAGAAAGCGUUAAUGAAAUUACGUUAUGGUCCAAAGAAUCUCGAGAAAUUGGUGCGUGACACAUUAUCAGAAAUAGAAUCUGAAGAAUGGAUGAGAUCAAACACACAACCAUGUCCACAAUGUGACACAUUUAUUGAGAAAUCGAUGGGAUGUAAUCACAUGCGAUGCACACGUUGCGAGACACAUUUUUGUUAUUUAUGUGGUCACUGGAUUGAUCCCGCAGAACCUUAUCGUCAUUUCAAUGAUCCAAAGUCUCCUUGUAAUCAACGAUUGUUUGAUGGCACAGAUAUCGACGAACUUGAAUUUUUCGCGGAGGAUCAUGAUGAUAUUUAA